AGCACUGAUGGCGGCUUACAGUUUGCUCCCGGAUAUGUACUGAAACAAAUGUAAUGGCGUCUGAUUGGACUUUUUGCUCAUUGGCCAUUUGUCUGGAGUCUUGAGAUUAACGUCGAAGCAGUCGAGCACAAGGGUCGUGAAUUCAAAGCGGGAAAAUCUGUUGUAGAGCUCGCUGGAUCCAAAGCUAACUGGCUUCCAGUAAAAUACAAUUCCUGUUCGCUUGUGUUCUCAGAGGUUUGUUUGUAUGCGUGGCUACACACUUUAACACCGGGAAAAGAUCGCCGAUGACGUUGGACAUUUUUGCUAUUUUGUUACAGUGCACGCCUGUCCAAGUGCAGCCGAGUCACCGUUUGCCUGUUUCUCUGAUUUGGCUAACGACGAUUGAGUUACUUUGGAUUUGGAGAGCAGACAAGCAGAGGGAAGUGGUUAGCCGACCUGAUUAGCUGCAGCCAUAAGACUAGUUCUUCGAAAGUCAUUGGUCUCUACUGGAGUUUCUUCUAUGAUCCACCUUUGCGCCAAUACUCCACUGUUAACAUGUUGAAGACACGUCAGUGUUUACUAGGGAUUCGCACUUUCCUUGGAGUGACGUCUAGAUUAUGGAGUUUCAUUUUAUACAUACUCAGGAAACAUCUACGAACGAUAAUCCAAUACCAAACAGUGCGUUACGACACGUUACCUCUCUCACCUGUUUCCAGAAACAGACUAAAUGCAGUGAAGAGAAAGAUCUUGGUGUUGGAUCUGGACGAGACUUUGAUUCACUCUCACCAUGAUGGUGUCCUUAGACCUACAGUAAGGCCUGGUACACCACCAGACUUCAUCCUCAAGGUGGUAAUAGACAAGCACCCAGUCAGGUUUUUUGUCCAUAAAAGGCCACAUGUCGAUUUCUUUUUAGAAGUGGUUAGUCAGUGGUAUGAGUUGGUGGUGUUUACAGCUAGUAUGGAGAUUUAUGGAUCGGCUGUAGCAGAUAAGCUGGAUAACAACAGGAGUAUCCUUAAACGAAGAUACUACAGACAGCACUGCACUUUGGAUCUAGGUAGUUACAUAAAAGAUCUGUCUGUAGUACACAAAGAUCUCUCCAGUAUAGUUAUUUUGGACAACUCACCUGGAGCUUAUCGAAGUCACCCAGACAAUGCAAUACCUAUAAAGUCAUGGUUUAGUGACCCAAGCGACACAGCACUUCUCAACCUGCUCCCAAUGUUGGAUGCAUUGAGGUUUACCUCAGAUGUUCGCUCUGUCCUCAGUCGAAAUCUCCACCAGCAUCGGCUCUGGUGAUCCUAUCAAUCGGGCCGGUUUCUUUUCUGGCCUCCUUGUUUUUACACGGCUCUGCCUGCUAGGUAUUAGCCUCUUGAACUGUAAGCCCUCAUCAUCAUGUGAGCUCAAUUGAGUUAUGUGGACUCCUCUGAGGAAAUGCAAUGAGAAGACAUGGGAGGACAUAGAGGAAAGAUACACAUGAUGGAGAAACUAUUACAAAUAAACUCAAAUGAAGAGGCCACAAUUUUUCUUCAAUUCUUUUUCCUUCAAAAAUGGACACUCUGCCUUACACUUGUUGGAUCCAAUGUGUGCAUGUUGGAGUAUUUCUAAAUAAAAGGGGGAGAAUGAUUGUGAUUCACAUUUUACCUUACUUUUUUGAGGUAAAUAAAGAAUCAAAGAGCAGGUUAUAAUUACAGGUCUAUUUCCACAAUUCAUUAUCACUUAUUUCUAGAUUUUUUUUUUUUGUUUCGCAUGACCCUAGCACAAGUGAUAACUUUCCCAUAUUAUCUUCUCAUUCUCUCUUUCUCUCUAAUCUUCUUUCCUUCCUCCUUUCUUUCUGCCAUCUCAGGUAUCUGAUCCACAUCUUUAUGUUAAAGUGGUAGUUUACCCAGUAAUUAAAAUGUUGUCAUCAUUUACUUGUUCCAAACUCAUAUGACUUUCUACAAUGAAACACAAAAGGAGAUGUACUGCAGAAUUCAGUCACUAUUCACUUGAAUUGCACUUUUUUUCAAACAAUGAAUGUGAAUGAUGAGAGGCUAACAUUCUGCUAUCAUCUCCAUGGAAGAAAGUAAGUCAUAUGUGUUUGGAACAACACAUGGGUGAAUAAAUGAUGACAGAAUUGUAUUUUUGGGAUGAGUUCUGAGGAGCUGUUAACACUCUGUGGUCAAUAUAAACUAUCAGCAGAAAUAUAAACAGUAGGAGAGAGACAACACAUUAAUAUCCAUCAUUACAGCUUAUUGUGUUGAUUUUCUGUGUACCGGUAUGUUUAGCUGGCUCGCAUGUGAAAUCUAUGGAUAAAUUAGAGAGGUUUUAUCAUCUUUUUGGGUGCCAAUUGUUUUAGAGACUCUUCGACAUGGAUACAUCAGUCAUUGAGAGAGAGAAACUGAGCAACAAGGACUCUGAUAACUAAGUUAUAAUUAAGAAAUAGAAAUUGUCUGUCAACAACUGAAUGACAGUCUCUUACACAUUUUUGUUUACUUUCAAAUUAAUUUUAGAAUGGCUGAACAUUGUACAGUGAAAUGAAAACAUGCAAUGCUUUAAGUAUUCAGGCACUUCUCUCAAUUUAUAGAUUUACAAAUCCUGCAUCAAAUGUUUUUUGUGAUGUUUAUUUCAAAGCACUGAAGCUCAAAUUUACUUUAUUGGAGAGAAAAAAUAAUAAUAUUUUGUUGGAAAAAGUAUUAAAUCCACAUAUUUAAAUAUUUUAAACAACCAACUUUAAAAUAAGAGAAGGUAUGUACCACUACCUCACAUAAUCAGUGGUGGCCCAUCAUUUUGGCCCAUAUUUCUAGGCAGGUUUGCUCCAGUUUAUUUUUAUUUUAUUUUUUUUCUUCCAGGCAGUGCCACAGAUUCAUCUGGAAAUCAGGGCUUUAACUACAACUUUGUUUUUUUUAUUUGUCCAGUCCAAUUAGCUUCAUAUCAUGCACUAUCCAUUAUAUUUUACCUCUGUUCUAA